UUCAUAUUCGGAAGGCAAGGAAUGGUUUGGACUUUGGAGUUUCUCACAAAUAGGCAAAGUUUGGAUUAUCCCUUACUAGUCUUUAUCGUAGAACUUUUAGUUUUUAAUUUCCUUCCUUUUUCCGCAGCAUGAGAGUUCAUGCCCUUCACGAACAUACUAGGGAGGCUUUCAUUACCUAGAGGAUUCUAAGGUAGCUGUUAGGGUGCAAGUGCACCCUAGGUCUUGCACCAUGCAAGACCAAAUUUGACCUGUUGUAACAGGUAUUAGUUACCUGCUGAGAAAAACUUUAAAAAUAUAUAAAAAGCUAUAUUACACAAUUAUCCUCAUGUGUUCUUCUUUCUCCCUUGCCUCUGCUCCUCCCUCUACUCCACUGUGCCUCUCCUUCCCCACCUCCAUCUCCAAAUCAUGAAAACUCCAUGACCUUUUCUCCCUUGCCUGAAACCAAAUGUUACCAACAAAACCCCUAAAUAACAAAUGAAAGGUUUCACCUUUGUUUCAUAAAUUAUUGAUCGUACAUGCAAUGAACACCAAAGAUAAGUUUCCAUUUUUCACAAACACAAAGAGGUUGCAGGUGGGACUGAGAUUUGAAGGUGGUCAUGUUAAAAUGCCUUAUAUAUUUAGACAAGUAGUAGUGGCAAGAUCUGGAAUUUUGCAGGUGAGAGUGAGAUUUGAAGGGAGGAAAAAAAAAUGAAGGAUUUAGUGACCCAGAUCUGCUAUGACCACCGCCCCUUUCCUUGCUCGCGCCUCUGACCACCGCGCACACCACUGCACCAGCGUUCAACCCAGAGACUGGAAAAGUUGGAACUUUACAUCUUCAUUCUUGACACCAUAAAGACUUGAUCUUUUUGACAUAGAGGGCAAAUAACAAGUUUUGGUUGAGGGGUUCAAUUUGCUUCUGCUUGUUUUUUUUUUGCUGAAGAUUCUAGAGUAAUAUGGUGAAAUGAACUGAUCUGGUGCUUUCUGCACAAGGAUUCAAGAAAAAGCCAUUACUGGAUCAUGGCUUGGGGUUGGGUGGUUGGACAUGGAAGUUGGGGAAGAUGAUGACGAUGGGUCAGGGGAUUCUGAAUUGGGUUUGGGUUGGGUGGUUUAGCAUAGCGGCAGAGCUCCGGUGAUUUCCGGUGGUGGUUCUGGAGGUUUGUGGGUGACUAUACAUUUGACUCAAUAUACUAAAGAGCAUUACUGUAAGAAGAUAAAUAAAAUUUAAAUAAACCAUAAUUAAACUUUUACAGGUUAAACAUGUAACAAGUAUAGCAUCUUUAUGGAAUAUUCUAUUUAUGUGGCUAUAAAGAUGUUUCGCACCGGUGCAAGACCCACCCACUAUUGCACCUUAUCCUCCACCGGAUUCUACAAACAAAUAAACCAUUAUUGUUCUCUUUUAUCUCACUCAUGAGUCAUAUCAUUUCUUAUAUAUCUAUGUUCUUUUCCCAUCACAUCACAGAUAGCAUUUCUCAUUUUUCUAUUUUUUUUCCUCUCUUUAUGCAAGUGAGAAUGAUGUGUGAGCAAAAACUUAUUGAUAAAUAAUAGAUCCUCUACAGCAUUCUAGACUCUUAAUGCUACCAUUCUGAUUCUAUCCUUUAUGACCAUGGCCAGCCAAAACCACCUCCCUCUCUUUGAAAAAAUUUGGUUCAAGCGCACAUCUCAAAGAGUGUUGGACACAUUGAUUUUGCUACUCCUACUUUUGCUUCUUAGCUACCGUCUAUUCUCUAUCCUCCACAGCUUCACUCUCCCAUGGUUCCUUGCCUUUUUAUGUGAAUCUUGGUUCACCAUUGUCUGGAUUUUCAUCCUCAACACCAAAUGGAAUCCUGCAGUAACCAAAACGCAUGUAGACCGUCUUCUGCAACGGGAACUUGAGCUUCCAGCAGUGGAUGUGUUUGUCACAACAGCAGAUCCUGUGCUUGAACCACCAAUCAUCACAGUGAACACUGUACUUUCUCUUUUGGCACUUGAUUAUCCAGCUAACAAGCUAGCUUGCUAUGUUUCUGAUGAUGGGUGUUCCCCUCUUACCUUAUUUGCACUUAUGGAAGCCUCUAAAUUUGCUAAGAUUUGGGUUCCUUUCUGUAAGAAGCACAACGUGCAAGUCAGAGCACCUUUCAGAUACUUUUCUGAGGUUGAAAGUGAAGGCCCAUCACAAUUCAAACAAGAAUGGUCACGGAUGAAGGAUAUGUAUGACAAUCUUAGCCAAAAACUUGAAGAUGUGACCCGAAAACCAAUUUCAUUCCAACUUGAUGGUGACUUUGCAGUGUUCUCAAAUACAGAGCGAAGUAAUCAUCCAAGUAUAAUUAAGGUUAUAUUGGAGAACAAGGACGGUAUUUCUGAUGGUUUGCCUCACUUAAUCUAUAUAUCCAGAGAGAAGAGGCCAGAGUAUCCACAUAAUUACAAAGCUGGAGCUAUGAAUGUUUUGACAAGAGUCUCUGGGUUGAUGAGCAAUGCUCCCUUUAUGUUGAACGUAGACUGUGACAUGUUCGUGAACAAUCCAAAGAUUGUUCAACACGCUAUGUGUAUUCUGAUGGAUUCUACAAGUGGGAAAGAGGUUGCUUUUGUUCAAUGUUUUCAACAAUUCUAUGAUGGAGUAAAAGAUGACCCUUUUGGAAAUCAGUGGGUGACUGCAUUUGAGUACAUAAUUAGGGGCAUGGCAGGACUUCAAGGACCAAUCUAUGUAGGAACAAACACCUUCCAUAGAAGAAAUGUUAUUUACGGUCUUUAUCCUGAUGAAAUCCAAAAUGGGAGAAAAGGAUUAUCAGAAAAGAUACUAAUACAACAAUUUGGAAGUUCAAAGGAGUUUGUCAAAUCAGCAGCCCAAGCUUUGGAAGGGAGUGAAUCUAGUACUCCUAAUGAUAAUAGUCUUUCUAACUUCAUUGAAGCAGCAAUUGAAGUUGCUGAUUGUGGCUAUGAACAUAGCACUAGCUGGGGUAAACAGAUGGGGUGGUUAUAUGGAUCAAUGGCAGAGGAUGUACCUACAGGGUUGAGCAUCCAUAGAAAAGGUUGGAGAUCAGAGUGUUGUACACCAGAUCCAAUUGCCUUUACAGGAUGUGCUCCUCGAGGGUUACCCUCUACUAUGAUGCAACAAAAGAGAUGGGCCACAGGCCACACUACAUUGUUAUUUGGCAAGAAUUCACCUAUUAUGGGUACCCUCUUUGGCAAGAUCCAACUCAGGGCAUGCUUGUCCUAUUGUUGGAUCGCCACGUGGAGCUUGCGAUCUGUCUUUGAAGUUUCCUAUGCUGCUCUAAUUGCACAUUGCCUCAUUACCAACACCAGUAUCUUCCCUAAGGGACUUGGUCUGUGGAUUCCUGUUACUCUUUUUGUUGUCUACAACAUACAUACUCUAUUAGAGUAUGUAUCAACCGGGUUGUCCAUACGGUAUUGGUGGAACAAUCAGAGAAUGAGCAUUAUGAGAACCUCGACUUCAUGGUUUAUCGGAUUUUUGAGUGGCAUGCUUAAGAUUGCGGGGAUAUCUGAUGCAGUCUUUGAAAUAACACAGAAGGAAACCUCAACUUCUGGUGCUGAUGGCGGUGAUGCAGAUGCAGGUAGGUUCACCUUCGACGAGUCUCCGGUUUUUGUGGCAGGCACAACCUUUUUGCUGGUGCAGUUGACAGCCCUUAUUAUAAAGUUUUUGGGGUUGAAUCCUAAAGGACCAGCUCAUAGUGGAAAUGAAUGUGGACUGGGGGAGUUUAUCAGUAGUGUGUAUCUCAUAGUGUGUUAUUGGCCAUUUUUAAAAGGGUUGUUUGGCAAAGGAAAAUAUGGGAUUCCCUUCUCCACUAUAUGCAAGUCAGCAGCGCUAGCAUUUGCUUUUGUGCAUUUCUGUAGAAGUACUGUCAUGGGUUGAUCACUUGAUGCUAAGUUUCAUUAUUCAUUUUGUUCUCAAUAAUCUUAGCCUUUUGAGCUAUUAUCAAUUACUCAGUGAAUGAAUGAAAAAUGAUAAUUUAAUUUAAAUAACAUAAUUUUAA